AUGCCCAUCACCGAAGGCGCCCCAAGACACGGCAAUCCAGCCCAUCUCCUGCCGCCGUCAUGGAAGAAGAGCGUCACUUUGUGGCUAGAAGAGGACACACCUAGCUUCGACUAUGGCGGCUUCGUUGUUGGCGACAGUCCCGCCGAAGCGCGACUUCUGGCCAAGAGCAAGGGCAUUAUAGCAGGCGUACCAUUCUUCGACGAGGUCUUCAAACAGCUCGACUGCACAGUCGAGUGGCACGUAAAAGAAGGCGAUGGAGUGGGCUUGGAAAAGAAGCAGCAAGUCGCGACAGUGAGAGGGCCAGUUCGGAACGUCCUGCUUGGCGAGCGCGUUGCACUCAAUAUUCUGGCGCGAUGUUCAGGAGUUGCUACAAAGUCACAUUCUCUGCUUUCGCUGCUCAGGAAAGCGGGGUAUAAGAAUGCAUUGGCUGGGACCAGGAAGACGACACCCGGCUUCAGAUUGGUGGAGAAGUACGGGAUGUUGGUCGGUGGAUGCGAUCCGCACAGACAAGAUCUCAGCGCCAUGACGAUGCUGAAGGACAACCAUGUCUGGGCAUGCGGAGGCUCGAUCCCUACUGCAGUCGCUGCAGCAAAGGCUUCUGCGGGAUUCGCGGUGAAAGUCGAAGUGGAGUGUCAGUCAGAGGAAGAGGCGAAUACCGCGAUCGAAGCAGGUGCUGAUGUGGUCAUGCUGGACAACUUCACAUCCGAUGGCGUCCGCAUUGCUUCGAAGAGUUUGAAAGAUCGUUGGGGAAGAGGCACCAAUGCGAGAGCACUGAUCGAAGUCUCGGGCGGUCUGACGGAGGAGAACGUCGCGGAAUACGUGUGCGACGACAUCGACAUCAUCAGCUCGUCAAGCAUUCACCAGGGCGUGAAGCACAUUGAUUUCUCCUUGAAGGUGAUCCCGAAAGAGACAAAUGGAAAGCUUGGGAAUGGCGAGACGGUCGAUACGUGA